AUGGUUGAUAGUACAAUGUCGCAACAGAACUUCUUUGCGGACGGCGACGACGGCCUCGGCGACAACGGGCCGUUCAACGCCCAGCACAUUGACCCCGCCCUGCGGGCCCCAGACACACGCAAACGCCCUGCACCUCCGGACAAUGAGAGGCCGGGGGGGGAUGAUGCCGCUGCGGUUGUCGCGGAGAUGGCCGAAGAUGACGCUCGUGAGCGUAAGCUCACGAGCGUCAGCCAUUGGCAAGUCUUUCUUUACCAUUCCCGGCGGCCUGAGAAUGACGAGGAGAAUAUCAAAGCUGUAUACGGGGAGUCUGUAGACCCCCAUUCGCUGGAGUGGACAGAGGCCCGGGCCCGCUUCAUGAAUGACCAGAAGAACUUGAAGUUCCGGGUCGUCAAGAACAUGGAAGCCUUACUCAAAAAACAUGCUGAGCACCCGGGGAAUGCGUUGAUGCUCGACAUACGCGUAGAUUUGUCCCGGCCUGUCCUGAAGGACAUAGCCCACCGCGCCUUUUCGCCAGAGAACUGGCUCAAGUUAGCAAUGUUUCAAGGCUUGGCUGUAGAGGUGGCGGAGUACCUUCGUGCUAAGGCGAAGGAUACGGACACUGCCCUGGCGCGUCGUCAAGAACUCUUGGAGUUCUACGACGAUAUGCCGAAGAAGAACCAGUAUAAGCACUUGACACAGGCGCACUUCCACCAAGUCUUUGAGCGGCAGCGCCGCCAAAAGAAGCAGUAG